AUGAAGUUCUUCACGUUCCUCGUCGCCACGAUGACCGUUCUCGGCGCUGUCGCUGGUGCUGACCAACCUACCGUCAAAACGCCAACUGAAGCUCUUGAACAAGUUCAAGCGUCCACAUUACCCGAUGGUGUCACGCUCACGGGUGAAACGGAGAAGAUCGACCAUCCUGCUGAUGCUGCGGCGAUUUUCAACUAA